UGAUAUGCGUUCACAAUGAGCGGACUGGGGGAGAACUCCAUGGAGCCUCUGAGCUCAGAAAACCGGAAACGCAAGCUCUCCACUUGCGAGACGCCAGGUCUUGGGUGUGACAGGAAGCGACGGGAACAGGAGAGCAAAUACAUAGAAGAGCUAGCAGAGCUGAUCUCGGCCAACCUCGGCGACAUCGACAGCUUCAACGUCAAACCAGACAAAUGUGCCAUCCUCAAAGAGACGGUGCGCCAGAUCCGCCAGAUCAAAGAGCAGGGAAAAGCUUCAUCCAACGACGACGACGUCCAGAAGUCUGACGUGUCCUCGACGGGUCAGGGGGUCAUCGACAAGGACCACUUGGGGCCGCUCCUGCUGCAGGCUCUGGACGGCUUCCUGUUUGUGGUGAACCGGGAAGGCAGCGUGGUGUUUGUGUCGGACAACGUGACGCAGUACCUGCAGUACAAGCAGGAGGAGCUCAUCAACACCAGCGUCUACAAUAUUCUCCAUGAGGACGACCGGGAAGAGUUCCACAAGAACCUGCCUAAGACCAACAGUGAGAAACACACACACACACACACACACACACACACACAUACACACAUACACACUCACAGGGAGGCUGCACAUCUGCUCAGAAGUAAACUCAGCUUGACAACUUCCACAGGGCCGAGGUAUAAAACAACCUUUGAGAGGUUGCAACAACUCGCGCACACUCCAUUGACCAGCCCACAUAGGACCACACCCCCAGAGAGAGGGGAGGGGGGCGCUGAUCGUCCAUCAUCUCGGGCGCCGUCACAAGGCUGCAUGCAGCAAGGCACAAAUUCAAUCGGGGCCAAAGAGAGAGACGGCCAAGGAGAGCUUGAGAUAGAGGAGGGGGCUGAAACAGAGAGAAGGUUUGGACUGAAAGAGAGCAAAACGAGAGCGAGUGACAGACUAACGGGGAACGAAGGGGGCAAGACAGACAUAACGAGACAGAGAGAAACUGCUUCCUGUUUGUCUUCCUCCCCCGUCCUCCCUGAUGAAGACGAGUCUCCUUCCUCCCCUUCCUCCUCCUUCUUCUUCUUCUCUUCCUCUCUGGACUCUACACUGACCUUCGACUCCUCUUCUUCUUCGUUGGUUUCGUGUUUCUCAGGUGUUUUUUCCUCCCCCUCGGUGGUGACCUCCCCCUCGGUGGUGACCUCCCCCUCGGUGGUGACCCCCUCCUCGGUGCUGGAGGUCCGAUGGCGGCGAGACGGGGGGCGUCGCCGGAUGGAGUGA